UGUAUGUGCACAUUUAUAUCUGAAUGUAUCUCCACAUUGGAUCUGGUCCUUAUAUUUAAGUCCUAUAUUUGUUAUAUCUGUAAUAUUAUUUAGUUUAUUUUAUGUGAGUGUAGCAAAUUAGAAAUAAGUAUUAUAUAACUUAUACCUUAGACAUAAUCAGACAGUGAA